AAAGAGAAAAAAGAGAAAAAAAGAUAGAAAGUAAAAAUUGUAUCAAGAAGAUGUAUCAAGAAGAAACGAGAAUUUUCAAUAUCCGAUUGAAGUGGUCGCAUUGUCAAAACCAUUACAGUUUCACCCACGUCAUUUUCUACCCUCUUAUCAUCGGUCAUAAUUAAGCGUUCAAACGUAUCAUUUUAUAUACAUAUAUAUAUAUAUAUAUAUAUAUAUAUUGACUAAGAGUAGGAGAAGGAAAGAGAACAAGGAAGAGAAGUAAUAGUAAAGAGAACUGAAAUGUAGGAAUGAGCUCGGGGGAUGCGGAAGAAGAAGAAGAAGAAGAAAAAGGAGAAGAAAAAGAAAAAAAGGAGGGAGCGACUAUGGUGAUGACGGUAUGAGUUACACCGUCUUACAUCUUGUAAACUAGAGGAUGAUGACCUCCCUUAAGUUAUUACCGAGAGCAUCUGCUAAAUAGAUAUGUGAGACAACACGGCUGUCACGAGUCUAGUUCGCCAUCAGCAUCGUAACAGAGCCGAGAGUCUCCAUUCUAGGGAUCUCGAACGAGUUCUUCGCUUUAUUUCUUCUUCUUGUUCUUCUUCUUCUUCUUCUUCUUCUUCCACCUUUUCUUUUUUUUCUUCUUCAUAUUUUUCUUCUAUCUUCUUUUCUAUUAUUUCUUUGAUAUUUCCAACGAUAAAAGAGGACACCUCGAUGAAACGAGGGUACCUCAAUUUGGCCAUUGGCCUUUUGAUUUUACAAUUUUUAUUUCUACCCCAAAUAUAUUCGGUUAAAACGAAGCAAAGGAAACAUCGACUUAGGCAGGUCCAAUCUCAGAAACCAGUUAACAGUGAUUAUACCGAAUACGAUUACUAUGAUAAUUAUGAGGACUAUGAGGAUAAAAAUGCAACAUCGCCAUUAUCAUUGUCAUCUAUCCCCCCAACAAAUACCAAUAAUUCGGAACGUAGAAGAGAAAUGAUCGAAUCGACCUUGUCAUAUAGAUCAGAAUUACCUACCGAUAUACCUGCGUCCCAAACAACAACACGAUUAUUCGAUCAAGAAGAUUUGCAUUCGACAAUGGAAACCUAUAAUAAUUAUAAUUCAUUAGCGAAGGAAAUUAUUCCCGGGGAAAGUAAUCACAUAAGUUCCGUGGCAAUAACUGGACCACGUGGACAACCUGGACGUCCAGGCGAUAGUGGAAGACCAGGCGACGUAGGCUUUCCUGGACAACCGGGUACACCUGGAAUUCCUGGACCACCUGGACCACCUGGGCCUUUACCCGAUGUGUCAAUGUACUAUCAACAACUUGCAUUAUCUCAAGCGAGUGAGGAUAAAGGUCCAUCGGAUGCUGCAUAUAUUCCAAAUUAUAUUCAAACUAAUGUAGGUCCUAUUGGUCCCCGAGGACCUGCAGGACCAGCAGGUUCACCUGGUCCACAAGGUUUUCAAGGUCUUCGUGGAGAACCUGGAGAACCAGGAUUACCAGGUGCACCAGGAGCUCCUGGUCCACGAGGUUUGCCAGGAUUGCCAGGAAGGGAUGGUGAAGGUGGUGAGAAUGGAGAAAUAGGUCCACCAGGAUCACCAGGUCCAGUAGGUCCAAGAGGACUUUCUGGAAUGCCUGGUAUACCAGGUGUAAAAGGACAUCGUGGCUUUCCGGGAUUAGAUGGUGCUAAAGGUGAGCAAGGUAUAUCUGGAGAAAAAGGAUCUACAGGAGCACCUGGUCCAAUGGGACCUAUAGGACCAGUGGGACCUGUUGGUCAACGCGGAGAAAGAGGCAGGGAAGGAUUAUCGGGUCCACCUGGAAUAAGAGGAAUCGAUGGUCUUCCUGGACCACCAGGUCAAUCUGGUGCUUUAGGUAAACCCGGUCCACCUGGAUUCCCAGGUAAUCCUGGAUUUAAAGGAGAUCAAGGAGCUCAAGGUCCAAAAGGAAGUCAAGGCUUACAGGGUCCACGUGGCGAAGCAGGACGCCCAGGACAGCCUGGAGAAUCUGGUCCGCAAGGUUUACAAGGAAAAGAUGGGAUAUCUGGUGAAAAAGGAAGUCCAGGAACACCUGGCUCAGUUGGUUUACCUGGUUUUCCUGGAUCUCGUGGACAGCCUGGUAUACCAGGUAAUCCUGGUUUACCAGGAGUUAAAGGAAUGCCUGGACUACCUGGUGAAAGAGGCUUUAAAGGUGAUGCUGGAACAAAAGGAGAUCAAGGAGCACCUGGUCCACGUGGCUUUCCAGGACCACCUGGUCCCGAAGGAAAAAGAGGAAAGAGAGGAUUACAUGGCCCGAUAGGAGCACCUGGAUUACCUGGUGAACGUGGCAUGCCAGGAAUACGUGGUUUGCCCGGAAUCGAUGGUCCUAUGGGCCCUAAAGGUCCAUCUGGUGAUCGUGGACCCAUUGGUUCUAUAGGUCUUAAAGGAGCAAUGGGAGAUCCAGGUCGUCCGGGAUCUCCCGGAAUACAAGGUGCACGCGGUGUAAUAGGUCGUCCUGGUUCACCUGGUAAACCAGGUAAUGUAGGAGAACGUGGAAUUCAAGGUGCAGAUGGGAAACCUGGCGAACAAGGUCCACAAGGACCACAAGGUUUACCUGGACCAUUAGGUUCUCCAGGAGAGAAAGGCUUUCCAGGUGAAGCUGGCAAAGAUGGUGAGCCUGGUAAUCCUGGGCCACCCGGGCCUAGAGGUGACGCAGGUAAAGAAGGCUCUCCAGGAUUACAAGGCCCACCAGGACCACCUGGUAGUACUGGGGAAAGAGGAUCUCAGGGAUUAACAGGGCCUAGAGGUUUUCAGGGUAUUCCUGGAGUUGCUGGCAAUCCUGGAAUACCAGGUAAAGAUGGUGAAAUGGGGGUUCAAGGACCUCCUGGUCCCACGGGUUCUUCUGGAAAUAGAGGCGAGCGUGGUUUUCCCGGUGAAAGGGGACUAAUUGGAGCACCAGGAUUGACAGGACCUAGAGGAGAACCAGGCGUUCAAGGUGUCGACGGACUUCCUGGAUUUCCUGGGAUUAAAGGAGAUAUGGGACAUCCUGGUCCAUCAGGAUUAGUGGGUUUACCUGGAAUACGUGGCUUACCUGGAGAAUCUGGACAGAAGGGUGAAAGAGGAAUGAUGGGUCCAGUUGGACCUGAAGGACCGUCGGGUCGUAUUGGAGAACGGGGCCCGCAAGGGCUAGUUGGUCCUCCAGGGCUUCCUGGAGAAUCAGCUGAAAGAGGAGAUACAGGUUUGCCAGGUCCGCCAGGUGAGACAGGAGCUCCGGGUGCGCAAGGAGAAAGAGGACCACAAGGUUUACAGGGAUUGCAAGGAUUUCCAGGACCGCAAGGACUUAUUGGACUUCCAGGGUUAAAAGGAGAUCGUGGUUAUCCAGGCUCGAAAGGAGAUCAAGGGAAUUCAGGAUUGCCUGGUAGUCCAGGUGAAGUAGGACCACCAGGUUUAACAGGCCUGACUGGUGCAAAAGGAAUACGAGGAGAACCUGGUCCUAGAGGAGAAAUAGGCUCUAUAGGCCCCCCUGGGCCAGCAGGCAUAACCGGACAACCCGGACUGCCUGGCCUAGCUGGUCCUACAGGACCACCUGGAUUGCCUGGUAUUAAAGGUAAUGCUGGAGAUACAGGAAGACCAGGGAAUCCUGGUUCUAUGGGAAAUCCUGGUAUUCCUGGUGCAGACGGAAUUAAAGGUGAAAGUGGAGCACAAGGUCCACCAGGUUUUAUAGGAUCACAAGGACUGCAAGGUUUACCAGGAGAACGUGGUUUGCCAGGACUUCCUGGUCCAACGGGACUAAUAGGUGCUAGAGGAAUACGCGGAGCUACAGGUGAAACAGGCUUACCAGGAAAACCAGGAGUAGAAGGACCACCUGGACCACCAGGAUUAACGGGUUCAAUUGGACCUCCUGGUCCUAUCGGUGAACAAGGUCCUGAAGGGCCUUCUGGUAAACCAGGUCCACCUGGAAUAAGUGGUCGGCCUGGUGACAAAGGACCACCAGGUGCUAUUGGAAUAGAAGGGCCAAUUGGACCUCCUGGUAUACCAGGACCUCCGGGUAAUGCUGGAUUAUCCGGUCCUAUAGGAGAACGUGGUCCAAAAGGAGAAACAGGACCACAAGGUGUAGAAGGACAACAGGGUGCUAGAGGAAAGCCUGGUCCAACGGGUAUACAAGGUGCAAAAGGUGAACGUGGUGAGGAAGGUGCGAAAGGUGCUAAAGGACAUCGUGGAUUCAAUGGUUUACAAGGUUUACCUGGAUCACCAGGUAUUCCUGGAGAUAAAGGUAUGCCAGGAAUGCCUGGUUUACCAGGAAAAGACGGAGAGACUGGUAUUAGAGGAAGUCCUGGUAGAGAUGGAAAUCCUGGAAUUAUUGGGAUUACUGGUAAUCCAGGACCAAGAGGUCCUCCUGGAGAAGAAGGUCGGCAUGGAUUACCAGGUCCACCUGGUCCACCAGGACCACCUGGACCUCCUGGAGAACUUGGAUUAGGAUAUGACGUAACCUCGUUAGCAGCUUUCUUAGGACAAAGUCAAACAAAAGGACCGGAUCCAUUAAUAGGCGACGAACCAACAAGAUUAUUUGGAAAAGAUAUUACGGAAGAGGAACGUAAAAAUCUUGUAUUAAAGGCAUAUGAGCAAUUAAAAUCGUCAUUUCAAAAAUUAGUUAAACCAGAUGGACAGAAAAAUUCGCCAGCUAAAACUUGCAGAGAUUUGUUUGUUGCCUAUCCAGAAAAGAUAUCUGGAGAAUAUUGGAUUGAUCCGAAUGAAGGUGACACACGAGAUGCAAUUUUAGUUUAUUGUGAUUCUGAGAAACAUGCAACUUGUAUUUUACCAAAUCCAUCUCGUACAGGAGAGACCAAUUAUAUCGGUGAACAACAAGAAGUUUGGUUGAGUGAAAUAGGAAAUGCAAAGAUCAUGUAUAAAGCAGACAGCAAUCAAAUAAGUUUCUUGCAAUUGCUUUCGAAACAUGCCCAACAGAAUAUAACUUAUCAUUGCAAAAAUAGUGUAGCAUAUUUUGAUUCUGAAAGGAAGAGUUAUAGAAGAAGUAUGAAACUUCUUGCUUGGAAUGAUGUUGAAAUAAUGCCACGUGGUAAUCAACGUUUGCGAUAUGAUAUGAUCAUAGACGAAUGCAGAUUACGUCAUAAUUAUUGGAGUCAAACUAUUGUUUCAUACAAUUCGGAUAAACCAGUAAGACUUCCUAUAAUAGACAUAGCUCUGCGAGAUAUUGGACUACCUGAUCAGAUUUUCUCUAUCGAAAUAGGACCAGCUUGUUAUCAAUAAAAGGAUCAAAAUUUAUUAUCUAUUAUAAGGACAUUAAGAUACUUAAUAGGAAUGUAUACAUCUUUAUAAUUUUUACAUUUAUUAUAAACUGUUUUUAUUAAAAAUAAUCUUAAAUCGUGAUCUUUUGUAUUAUAUAAGACGUGAACUUGCAACAAGUACGAUGGCAUAAAGAUACUUAUAGUUUCUUUUACGAUUUUUUAUUAUCAAAAUUAUUUAUAAAGGUAUAUGGACUUUUUUGUUUUUUUUUUAAUCUCUAAAAUCUAUUAAAAUUUUUGUUAUAUGAAUAAUUCAAAAUUUCGAGGGCUUUUUUUCUUUAAAUCCCUUUUAAAUUAUCGAUCGUAGAUAAAUGAGCUUUGUCGAUAAAAAAGUAUAACAAAAUAGUUCAUAAUAUAACCAACAGAGGCGUUGUUGCAGUUCACCGUUUAACGUCAGCCAUUGUCAUCGUUGCUUAAGUUUUUGUAUCUCUAUCGUGUCAAUAAAAAAAUAAAAAAAAAAAAAAAAAAAAAGAAGAAAAGAAAAGAAACAAAGAAAAAAAAAUCAACGUGAGCUUAUGGAUGAGUAUACUUUCGAGUGUUAAUGUCGAU